AUGAAUAAUACUGAUCGUACUGGCCCUGUUGACGAAGAAAAUUCUAUAGAGGAUGAAAGCACACGACUAUUGGAGGGAGAUCAACAUUUUCAGCACGAUGUGGAGAAAAAACAGGGUCGUUUUACAAUGAUUCGCAAUAUUGCGCUGUGCUUCAUGCUAUCCAUACUUAUAGUAUGGUGUUAUGAGUUUUUAAAAAGUAAAUAUAUCCCGAUGGAUAUAAAUGGGGAUGAUUUAAAUGACAUAGUUACGUAUCAAGUGGAAGGCGUGAAGUUAAUGGGCUGGAAGAAAAAUAUUGAUGAUAAUGGUAUAGAUUACGAGGAAGGGAAGUAUUUAGAGUUGCAUGUGAAGUGUGGAGUCGAACUUGAUUAUAACAAGUGUAAUAAGCCGUUGGAACAGGUGAAUAAGUUAAAGUAUUUGAAUGACAGGGUGAUACGAAAGGUAUGCUUCAGACUGAACAAGUUUGAAAUUUGGGAAAAGGGAGGUACAGGAGGUGUACUUGGCAAUAUCUUAACCAGAGAUCGCGUAUGUAUCGACUUAAGGAAAGAAAAAAAUUUACUAGAGUUUGAUGUACUAGUUAAGCCUAAUAUGAGAGAGAUAUUGAAAGUAAUGAAACGAAUGGUCUUUAAUAAAGAAGAAAUAUUUUUUGAAGAUGAAUUGGAUAUUGAUAUUUAUAAGUUUGGUAUUCUAUUGAGUAGAUUAAAAGGAUUGGAGGUCGACAUAAACUCUAUAAUAGAGAAGAAGCUAGGGCAUGGAAUACCACAGAAUGUGCAAGUGGAGGACAUCGUGAUCCGAGGUACUCAGGACGGUUAUUUUAUUAAAUACCAAAUACUUAUAGAGAACAUGAUACGUGAUAUAAUUCAGAAAUUAGACAAUGUGAUCAAAGUCCCUAAGAUUCAGAUGGAUCUCUUCUUACCUAAUUGCAACGGCCAAGACAAAAUAUAUUUAAAUAACGUAGACUAUAGUGUAGAAGAGUUUCAGAUUAAUACGGACGAGUAUUUGAAUCUCACUAACAAGGUACAAAUAAAAGGCCCAUUUCCUGAAGAAUUAAUGAAAAAAAAAUGUUUUGAAGGGAGUGUUGCUACGCCUUUGACAAUGAUUAUGGAAAAGCUGUUUAAAAGUAAUGAGACGAAUGAAAUAAGUGUCAAGGGACGCGUUGAACAAAAAGACAUUAUGAUCCCGUUCCAUGAGAUUUUAAAGGAAAUUGGGAAGGUACAAGUGAUUGAGAAUGUUACGAUAAAUCAAGAUGAAAUCAUUAAGGAGUUUAAUAUUAUGGAUUUUAAGAUUAGAAACAGGUUCAAUAGAAUUGACAUGGUAGGAAAAAUCAAAAUACUUGUUGAGCUGAAGUACUAUGAGUAUCAGGGCCGGAAUGAAAUUGUGGUUGAGAAGGUACGUGGACCAAUGAAGAUUUAUGAUAUGAAAGGGGUCCAUUUGAUGAAUAAUAAUAUCACACAGUGGACCCAUGUCAAUGCGAGCAAUAUUAUUAAGCAGGAUAGUGGAGUUUAUUUAGAGAUGAUCAUGGAUGUUGGUAGCCGGGAUAUAGAGAUUAUAAACAGACUUGCAACUAGCAGGUUUCUCAAUAAACUAUUAUUUUCAGGUUCUAACGACGUUUUUGUCGAGGGUGUGAUAGACAUGCAAGUAAAUAAUCGGAAUGGAAUUGGCGAAGUGGUGCUAUAUGGGUUACCAUGCGCUAAUAAUAUAACAAUUACCUAG